CCUAUUUCCACCUAUCAUCCCCAUCCAUAAAUCUGUCUAAUCUUCUCUUAAAGCUCCCUAAUGACUCAGCACCAACAACUUGAUUAUUGAGUCUGUUGCAUUCAUCUACCACUAUAUUUGAGAACCAGUUAUUUCCAAUCUCUUUCUUAAACCUAAUUUUUUCAAGCUUGAGCCCGUUUUGUCUUGUUGUAUCCUAUUACUACUACUACACAGGCAGGUGUUAUGGUGAAGCAACACCAUAUUUAAAAACAUGACAGAUUCGCAGCCAACCUUUAGAGCACAACACGAGUACGUCAUCUCAGUCACUCACUGGAGAAAGCAGUUUGUUUCACGUAUACCAGCUUCUCAACCACGGGUGACUGUAGUAGACGUGAAGUGCAACAAAUACGCCACAAUUUGUGACUUCGAGUGGUCUGUUAUGCCCACUGGUUACCUAGAAAAUUAACCAAACAUGUUAAUAUUUUGGCGCUGUCAGUCGCUCGCUCGCUCGUUUUCAGUUUAAAUUUUAUCGAUAUUUCACGUGCCGUCUUCUAAAUCCACGGGUGACUGGAGUAGACGGGAAGUACUAUAAAUACGCCACUAUUAGCAACGAAGAGGCGUGCGUUAUCCCGCCUGGUUACCUAGAACAGUCAUCAUACAUAUGGCAAGGCGAGAGCCAGAGGAGGUUGCUAGAGACAGCCUUGCAUAGACGGACCCAACCUGCGCUAAGCUGAGGAACGCAGCGGGGGAGUCACUCGUGUUCUCCUGACGCUUGUGCUCGUCUGGGGCGUCACACACCACCCACAGCCUGCACACAAGGAGAGAAGGUACCAUGGGUAGGUGACCCGUGGCCUGAGGGAGGUACCAAGAACCGCCCCCACAGCAUCAUCACCACUGCAACACCAACACACAGCCACAGCACCACCGCAAUGCUUCCUAACGUCGGCUACAUCACGGGCAGGCUGAGGGACGCGCGGAAUGUGACAGGGAGGAUCAGAGAGGCUGGCAGGGUUCGCAUCAGACGCGUAGAGGAGGUGUCGGAAACACUGAGAGAGCCUGGCAUCAUAACAGGCUAUAGACACGAAAACUGCUCCGUACUGCAAGCUAUAGCAUCUCUAUUUAACGCUACAAAUGAAACCGUAAACUUCUGGACUCAUUUCUUGGCUGCUGUUUACUUCGCCUGGCUCGCUGUCUCCCUCUCGUCCAUUCUACCGUUGUUUGGAGAUGUGUACUUGCAUCCUCUGACGUGUUACUUGGUGGCCGCGUGCUGUUACCCCCUCACUAGCUGCCUCGCGCAUGCAUUCUCCUGUCUCUCCAUCACAGCUACGCAUAUCUGCUUCUUCGUGGACUAUUUGGCGAUAUCCAUGUACAGUUGGGCCGUGGCAUACCUAUAUUUCAGUUACUGCUUCCCGCCUCAUCUCAGAGACACGUGGUUUGCUGCUAUCUUCCUCCCAGUCGCCGCUGCUAACUCCGUGGUGGCCACCCUCUGCGCCAGCCACUCCCGCUUCAUACGUGACCCUCUGCUGCAGAAGGCGCUAAGGGUGGCGGCCUUCGUGGUGCCUUACGUGUGGGACUCAAUACCCCUGCUGGUCUGGCUUAGAACGUGUGAGGAGGCGUCCUGCGGGGAGUCACGCCUCUACCAUCUCAGCCAGUUCGCGUGUGUGGUGGUGGCUUCCUUCUUCUACGGGUCACAUUUCCCCGAGCGUCUUGCCCCGGGCCGCUUUGACUACCUAGGGCACUCUCACAACAUGCUUCACGUCUUCAGCAUCCUGGCCACCAAUGAACAGUUGCGCGCGGUGUUUGCUGGAUCUGCGGAGGCGCCGUCAGGAGCUGCACGCCGCGGGCCUGGCUCCCCUCGCCUGCCUGGGCCACGCGCGCCACGCCUCUGCUCCUCCUCGCUAACCUCGCUAUUGUUCUCGUCUUUACGCGCCGACUCGCACGCCCCCACGCUAACCAGGGGACUGUAGGUAACCACACGCCCUCUCAACCAGCAGGAAACACCCACAUGCCUACACAGCCUCCAGUAACCACCCACACGCCCAUCCAGCAGCUUCCGGUAAACACUCACACACCCACACAGUCCUCAUCAAACACCCACACGCCCUCUCAGUCCCCAGUUGGCACUCCCACGCUCUCCCACGCCCACGCAGGUCAUCUCAAAGUCCAGUAGGUGAACCCCAUUGAAAUGUUCUCUCUGAUUUGCGCGUCCCUCCCGUGUGGAUCAGUAGCAGUCCUUGAUCACAUGUUGAGUGUCGCGUGUUCGAAUCCCAGUGAUGUGAUUUUAUUGGUUGAAGAGAAUGUUGAUUACGAAAGAGAGAGAGAAAGAGAGAGAGAGAGAGAGGUUGGUUUGAAAUGUUUUUGGAGUUUUUUUAUUCAUUAUUGUUAUUGUGUAGUGGGAAAUAUUGAAAGAAAUGAAAAAAAAAAAGUUCAUGGAAGAGAAGUGAAGUAAAAGAAAUAGGAAAAAAUAUGCAUAAUGAAAAAAUAUAUUGAUAGUUUGGAAAAUAUAUUUGCACAAACUUAAAAAAAAAAUAUGUAAGGCCAAAAAUAACGAACAGAGAUAAUAAAGUAAAAUAUAUGGAAACUUUUAAACAAUAUAUAGAAAUGUGAAAAAAAAAAUGAAAUAAUAAUAAGAGGAAGAUGAAGAGAGAAUGGUGAAAGAGGAACAAAGAAAACGAUAAAUGGAAAGAAAAAGAAGAGAGGAAGGUGAAGAGAUAAUAAAAGAAGAAAAAUAAAGGAAAUUAUAAGAAAUGACGAUGAAAGAAAGACGAGAGAGAGAGAGAGAGAGAGAGAGAGAGAGAGAGAGAGAGAGAGAGAGAGAGAGAGAGAGAGAGAGAGAGAGAGAGAGAGAGAGGAAGAAGAAGAUGAUGAAGAUAAUGAAGAAAACGAUGAAGAGAAAGAAGAAAGAUAACAGUGAAAGAAAAAAAAUGAUGAAAGAUAAUUAAAUAAUGAGUGUAGUAUGAAUGUUGUUGCUGUUGUUGUUGUUAUCAUUGUUGUUGUUUCUGUACAAGUAUUGCUGCCUAACUUGCGGUGCCUUACUGUGUGUGUGUCAGGUGUUGCGUGGCUGUGUGGCGAGUGACUGCACUUCCACACCUGCUGGCCCGGCUUCGAUACCCGCCAGGUGUGACAAUAAAAGUAAUUGGAGAGAAACCAGCAAAAUAAGAAGGAAAUUAAGAGAAACUAGUGAAUUUAUUUAAAAAGGUGGAAAAAAGAAGAGAUUUGGGAUGGAAAUCUUAAAGCGAAAAGAAGAAAUAGAGAAAAUAAUCUUAACGUAAGGAAAGAAAAAUAAGAAAAACGAAGAGGAUAAAAAAAAUAAUAGUUUAUGAAAAGAAGGAAGUAGUCAAAAAAAAAGGCCUUGAAUGUUACUUUUUGUGUGUAAAGAUGAAAAAAAAGAAAAAAGUAAAGAGGUCUUGAAUAAAAAAAUAUAGGAAAUAAUCUUUUUACUACUAGCGAAGGAAAAUGAAAAAAAAGUUUAUAGAUAAAAAAAAAUCAGUAUUAUUACUUUUUAUUAGGGAAAACGUGAUCACAAACAACAAACAAACAAACAUAUGAUAGUUAUAUUUCCCAGGGUUCUUGUCUGUGUGUCUGUCAGUCUGUCUGUCUGUCUGUAUGUCUGUGUGGGAUUCGAACCCUGAAUAGAAUAGACAAACUUUUCUUUAUUUCUUUAUUCUUUUCUUUCUUUCUUUCUGCUGCUGUUGUUUCUGUUCUUCCUUUGUCUUCAUGUCUGUUUGUCUGUCUGUCUGUCUGUAUGUAUGUGUCUGUACAGUACGUGUAUACUUGUUUGUGUGAGUGUAUAUGUGUGUGUGUGUGUGUGUGUGUGUGUGUGUGUGUGUGUGUGUGUGUGUAUGUAUGUGUGUGUGUGUGUUUAAAAUUUAUACACUGCCCCCUUUUUAUAACGUGUGUGUGUGUGUGUGUGUGUGUGUGUGUGUGUGUGUGUGUGUGUGUGUGUGUGUGUGUGUGUGUGUGUGUGUGUGUGUGCUUGAGACCAAAUAACCAAAUAUAUUCCAAUGCUUGGCUGAAUGUAAAACAAACUAUUAUUAUUACUAUUAUUACUAUUACUAUCAUUUCACAAGCACAGACUAUUACAACUAUACAUAAUUAUAACUUGUAUACAUAUAUUUUUGUACCUGUAGACUAGCGCGCGCGCGCGCGCGUGUGUGUGUGUGUGUGUGUGUGUGUGUGUGUGUGUGUGUGUGUCAAGUAAACACAUUAUUAUUAUAGUCAUUGUAUCUUUAAAAUUAGUAAUAUUCUUCUUCUUCUUCUUCAUCAUCAUCUCGUGCUCCUCUUCCUCCUCCUCCUCCUCCUCCUUCGUCACAUUUAUUCUCUCUCUCUCUCUCUCUCUCUCUCUCUCUCUCUCUCUCUCUCUCUCUCUCUCUCUCUCUCUCUCUCUCUCUCUCU